ACCGCAUAGUGAAUUUUAGCGCCUUUUCCACCACGGUUUCCUUCGUUUAAUCCGCCUCCUCUUACACCUCCAGCUUCUACCUUUCAGUUUUGUUCAUCAUUUCUUGACUUUUCACUGCAGCCUGCAGUGAAACCUCGUUGCAAAGCACCUGAACAUCUCAGCCAGAGGGUCUAAAACCGUGAGAGUCUGUUUGUUGACAGGAAGAAGAUGAUGAAGACGGCUGCCAAGAAGAGAAAGCGAAUAGAAAACAGAAUGGACAUCAGGACCUACUUUGAUAAAGAAAAUCUCCCUCCUGGAAUUGUUUGCAGCCCCCCCAAGAAAAAACCAAAGGCAGUUCCAGGCUUAAAGACUGAAACAUGCCUUCCUCUGGGACCGAGGGACGCCAAUGGUGGCGGUUCACUGAUCAAACCUCGCUAUCAUCGUCUACCUUCAAUGGAUUCCAGUGUUAAAGAGGAGAGGAUGACUGGCCAGGAGGGUUUGAAACAAUACCAGGAAGUCCAGCUGUCUGAGGAAAGUCCAGAGGAAAUCCCUCUGUCCACAGAAACAGUUGAGACGCAUUUUCCAAAAACAUAUAAAACACGUUUUCCAACAAAUAAACGAGAGAGGUGGCAGAGGGUGCCUGUAGGUGUUUCAGAUGUAGUGAGUGAGAGUGGAAGAGGUGGACCAAGAAGCUGCGAGGCCCAAUCUCAGGAGAUUUCUGAAGCUCCACGUGUGAACAGAUGGGUAGAGAGCAGAUUUCCAGGCAACUGUAAACUGGAAGCACCACAGUUGAGGAAUGAAGACUUUCAUCUGCAGGAAAAAUGGAGAUCUGUUUGUCAAGACAUAGGGAGAUCUGUUUGUAAAAUAGUCGUGCAUCAAGUUUCUCAGGGAACUGGCUUUGUGCUGAUUGAUAGGCUCAUCAAGACAAACGCACACCUGUUCAGUGGUUUUCUGCAUGGAGACAAGCUGAAGGAUCACAUCAGUGUUUCUGUUGUUUUUGAGCUGGAAGCCAGGAAGCUCUCAUAUGCUGUGGAGAAAAUACUUGUCGACUUUGAUGAACAGCUGGAUUAUGCCGUCCUAGCUCUCAUACCCGAGGGCCAAAGAGCAAACCAACCAAGCACAUUGGACAUGGUAGAAGUUCCACCAGGGCUCCUCAGGAGAUUUGGUCCAGUGCCAGAGAACGGUGAGGUCUGUAUUAUCGGGCACCCUGCAGGAGGAGAGAAGACCUUUGAAAACACAUUCAUCAUAGAGGCAGAAGAUCGGAAGAUAGCUGUGAAGGAUUAUUUAGCUCAAUACAAAGAUCUGAUCAAGAAGUUAGUUGAACAAUCUCUUGUGAAUCAGGGCAUUAAUGACAUAAUGACGGGUGGAAUUAAAGCAAAGCUGGUAAUAACUUACUUUUCUUCCAUGUAUGAGGGAACUUCAGGUUCUCCAGUUGCUUAUGACCGUUUCCUUAUUGGGAUGCACACUGGAGGGUACGGCUGUAGGAGGUCAGAGAGUACAAUUGGUGUGAUGGCGUACAGCAUUCCUGAGCUCACAAUUUUCAAAAAGAUUCUGGAGAAUCUAAAGAAAAAAGACAAAAAGGACUUACUGGGGAGAUUUCUGGUGGAAUCUCAGGGAAACAGACAUCUUGAAAAAAUCAUUGAUGAUGUUGGACUAAACCAAAACAAAGAUCAGAGUCACUAUGUCGAAAAUCAGGAGAGAAAAGAAAAACAAUCAGAUUUACCAGAUUCUGAGGAGGAAAUGGACACAAGUUAAUACAAACAUGUUGAUUAGUUAUAAACAAACAUCUGGCAGCAAGUUGCUGUAUUUCCUUUACAAACCCUUCUUCUGCUUUGUCUGAACAGGACAUUUACACAUGGGCGGUGCUAGACAGGAGCCAGUGCCAUGUUGUGACCCCUGUACUGAAGACAUAAUACUAAAUCAAACUCUUAUGAUGAUAUGCACUGGCACAGAAACCUUAACUUAUUGCUCCCUUGGACUAAUUUCAUUUUUUACCUUUACAGUUUUACUUUAACAAUGAAUAAAAAAUAAAGUUUUAAACUUUUCGCUUCAGUCGUAUUGAGAUAGGAUCACAGUUUUCAUCUGCUAGAUCAGGGGUCAGCAACCUAUAGCUCCAGAGCCGGAGUGGAUCUGUGGCUCACUUAAUUAAUUAAAUGAUGAAGUAUUGCAGCUUUUUUUUUGUUUCAUACUUUUGUACAUAAGCCAUCCAUCCAGCUCAAUUCUGAUCCUGAAACUGGACUAUUCUGCACAUUCAUAUCCUGUUUUAUUUGAACAAUAUGGUUAGAAAUGUAUAUUUUUUACCUUAUAAUUUUAGAAAUAUUGAAUAUUUAUACUUUGUGCUGUGCUGUAUUUUUGUUUGCUUUUGGUAGCAGGUACGACAUUUAAUUUCACUGCACACUGUACUGUGAAUGGGACUCAUAAAACCUAUCUUGAGAAUACAUCUAUAAAUUAUAUUAACAAAACUGCCUUUUUUUAUACGUUAGAAAGAAUGGACGAAAAGAUAUCUUUGUGACAGACGUUCCACCAGGACUCCUCAGGACAUUUGGUCCACUGUCAGAAAACGGUGAGGUCUGUAUUAUCGGGCACCCUGCAGGAGGAGAGAAGACCUUUGAAAACACAUUCAUCAUAGAGGCAGAAGAUCGGAAGAUAGAUGUGAAGGAUUAUUUAGCUCAAUACAAAGAUCUGAUUUUCACCAAGAAGUCAAUCAAACAAAUUAUUGUGAAUCAGGGCAUUAAUGACAUGAUGGGUGGAAUUAAAGCAAAGCUGGUAAUAACUUACCGUUCUUCUAUGUAUGAGGGAGCAUCGGGUUCUCCCGUUAUUGAUGGACAUGCCGGAGUUAUUGGGCUGCACACUGGGGGGUACGGCUAUGGGUUCCCAAAGAUUACAAACAGCGUGAUGGAGUUCGCCUGUGCUCUGCUCACAAUAUAUAAAACGUUUCUGGAGAAUCUAAAGAAAAAGGGAAAUAAGCAACUGCUGGAAAGAAUCAGGCUGGACGCUCCGGAGAAUAUCUACCUUAAAAUGUUAAUGUUGAGGGUUGGACUGAGCCAAUAGGAGAGCAAAGAAAGUUCAAAACAGCUGAGCUGCAAGAAAUAUGGAGAUCAUGUUUCUGGGGGAAAUGGCUUUGUUUAUCCUGACAAACACGCAUCUGUUCAGAGGCUGAAUGGAUGGAAAUGGACAUCCCAUAAUACUGUUCAGGUCCCUUAACA